AUGCAGUUUGCUUUAGUUGAAUUUAUUUACUGUAUAAUAAUUAUACACAAAUGUAUUGGAAUCAACUUUAUUGAUUUUACAAAUGUCCCAAAUGAAGAUGAGAUGACAGUAUCAGAAUUAUAUCUUGGAAGUUAUACAAAAGAAACAAACAGAACGAUGCCCUCACUAGAUGCAUCAACAAGGGAUACUAAGAGAAGAUUCAUGGUAGUCAGUCCAAAACCUGUGUUCCUACGACAAGAGGAAGCUGAAGAGGAAAAAGACGCUAGCCUUAAAAACAAAAUCAAAUUGCUAGUAGAACAAUGCAUACACGACGCAAAAGACAAAAUGGAAACAAUAAAUUCAUUAAAAGAAAAAUAUAAAGACGAUCCAUCUUAUAAAGUUGGAUUUAUUUUUCAUAAUUUGAAGAAAUCUAAAGAUGUGAUGACUGAACUUUUUAAUGUGGCGGUGAAACAUCGUCACGAUUGGAAGGCGUUGGAACAGAUGAGGAUAUUCGAGCUUAUAGUACAUACCAAUGUAGAUACAAGCAACUUGGUGAGACAACUCGUCGAACUGCAUCUACAUAACGUAAACGCAACAAAUCCAGACUCAAGUAAUUUGAAAAAGAGAGUAGUUUUAUUGUAA